AUGGAGCCCUCCCUGGCCGCCCCGUGGGCCUGGAACGGCUCUAGGCCGGUGCGGCCGCUGCAGCCCUCGCCGGGCCCCAUGCCCCCCAACGGCACGGCCGACGCCAAGCCCAAGGACGUGGCCUCCAAGUCGGUGGGGCUCUUCUUCAUGCUGCUCAUCGACCUGACGGCCAUCGUGGGCAACGCAGCCGUCAUGACCGUCAUCGUGAAGACGCCAGCGCUGCGCAAGUUCGUCUUCGUCUUCCACCUCUGCCUGGUGGACUUCCUGGCCGCCCUCACCCUCAUGCCCCUGGAGAUGCUCUCCGGCUCGGCCGUCUUCGACAGCCCCGUUUUCGGCGAGGCCAUGUGCCGCGUCUACCUGUUCCUCAGCGUCUGCUUCAUCAGCAUGUGCAUCCUCUCCAUCUCCACCAUCAACGUGGAGCGCUAUUACUACGUGGUGCACCCCAUGCGCUACGAGGUGAAGAUGACAGUGGGGCUGGUGGCCUGCGUGCUGGUGGGCGUCUGGCUCAAGGCGGUGGCCACCUCCCUGGUCCCCGUGCUGGGCUGGCUCUCGCCGGACCGGCCGCCGGUCCCCACCGGCCGCAGGUGCUCGCUGCAAUGGAGCCGCGGGCCCUACUGCAAGUUUUUCGUGGUCUUCUUCGCCGCCUUCUACUUCCUCCUGCCCCUCCUCAUCAUCGUUGUGGUCUACUGCAGCAUGUUCAAGGUGGCGCGGGUGGCCGCCAUGCACCACGGGCCGCUGCCCACCUGGAUGGAGACGCCGCGGCGGCGCUCGGAGUCGCUCAGCAGCCGCUCCACCAUGGUGACCAGCUCCGGGGCACCGCGCACCACGCCGCAGAGGACGUUCGGCGGCGGCAAGGCGGCCGCCAUCCUGCUGGCCGUGGGGGGCCAGUUCCUCUUCUGCUGGCUGCCCUACUUCUCCUUCCACCUCUACACGGCCCUGAGCCCCCAGCCGCUGGCGGGGCGGCAGGCCGAGACUGUGGUCACUUGGCUCGGCUACUUCUGCUUUACCUCCAACCCUUUCUUCUACGGGUGCCUCAACCGGCAGAUCCGCGGCGAGCUCGGCCGGCUCCUCACCUGCUUCUUCAAGCAGCCGCCGGAGGACGACCUGCGGCUGCCCAGCCGCGAGGGCUCCAUCGAGGAGAACUUCCUGCAGUUCCUCCAGGGCACGGGCUGCCCGGCCGAGCCCCGGCCCGGCGCCCCCAGCCCCAAACGGGACCAGCCGCCCGUCGACUUCCGCAUCCCGGGGCAGGUGGCCGAGGAGGCGGCCGAGCCACCCGAGCGGCGCGGCGGCGGCGGCUGCGGCUCCGUGCCGGCGGGCGCCUCUCCCAAAGCGGAGCUGUAG